UACAGGGAACUGAUUCCUCCUCCUUUGUAGAAAUAAAUCAUUUAUCCGGUUAAGGAUUCGCACCCGGGAACUCGCUCCGAAGUUUGGUGCGGAUGCCACUGCAGAACCAGCACAGAUUGGUUAUAGAAGAGUGAGGAUUGGAAAUCACAGACUGUCAUCCAAAACUUCUCAUUGUUGACGGCAUUGUUCAUCAUUGGAUGGGGAUCUCUAAACUUGCAAUGUUAUUCUCAGGUUAUCUGAUCCUGUCAUUGGUGUUAAUAGAAGCUUCACAUGUAGAUGAUUGUACAGAAUGGGAGUAUAAACAUAAUGGUUUGUGCUGUCCAUCGUGUGAAGCAGGUUCGAGAGUAUCUCAACACUGCACUCGUCAGACCAGCACAGAGUGUGAACGAUGCCCAGAUGGAGAAUACGCUGACCGUUACACUGGAUCGGAGAAAUGUUUGGAGUGUAGAUCAUGUGAUCAAGAGCCUGGACUACAAACUAAAGAAAACUGUACUGCCUUUCACAAUACGAUAUGUGAGCCCAGGAAAGGGUAUUAUUGCAUUGCUAAUUGUCAGAUGGUCAGAAAGCACUCAGAAUGCCCACCUGGUGAAGGAGUUAAAGAGAAAGGAACACCUUUCAAAGAUACAGUGUGUGAGAAAUGUCCUCACGGAACAUUUUCAAGCAAAGUUUCAACAACUGAAGAGUGUAAGAGCUGGACAGUAUGUGAAACCCUCAAACUUAAACAGGUUGAAGCAGGGAACGCUGAAGCUGACGUGAAGUGUGAAGAAGAGUCCAACCUGAAAGUUGUGGUUGCUGUUGUUGUGGCGAUUGCUGUGGUUGUAAUUCUGUCUGGUAUCGCGGCAGGUGUUUUGUUGAAGAGACACCAAUGUACACCAGGUAAUCGGAACAUUGGAGACACCAGGAAUCACUGUGGAGUUGAGCUGCCGAAUGAGCCUUUGACUGUGCCUCUCAACGCUUAAGGAAAAUUCACAGUGUAAAGUGGGAGAAAUCAUGAGAAACAGCCUGAAACGGACUGUAAUUCCAUUCCAAUCUCCAAGAUGGGUCAAGUGUUUCAUUCUGUGAAAAAUAUGGACUUCACAUAAUAUACACUAAUUGUGCACUAAACUUGGAAUCACAAAAUAUUCA